AUGUACGCACUGCACGUACUGUGUGCACGCGCUUGUGGCGGCGUGGCAUCCCGCACUGCACGUGAUCCAUCCAUAAAGUCAUGUGACACAAAGAUAGCAGCGGAGGGUGUGUUCCGCUCUGCUGAGCAAAUGGCGGACAAGCUUCGGUUUCAGGCACAACUUGAGCAGCUCCAGCAAAAAUACGUCGGCACAGGGCACGCUGAUACAACAAAUGAGUGGCUUGCAAACCAGCACAGAGACACAUAUGCCUCAUGCAUUGGGCACCCGAGCCUCCUGAACUUCUUUGCUGUUGCAAGCAAUGACAGUGUCGAACGAGUGCGUCUCUGUAUGAUUGAGAAGAUGAUUUUGCCGUGCGGAUUGCCAAUUGUCAAAGAUGACACUGAGUGUAUAUGGGACAUGUAUGGAGGUUGUAUGGGUACAGCAGAAGAAGCAUAUGGAGUUCUUAGUUAUGGAUAG